AGAUUUCUUACAAGUUCAGUCAUGUGCGUUGGAAUGCAGACCGCCACAUAAAUUUUUGUUAUGCUUUUUAAAGUAAGGUUCUCUUAGAAUUCCCCAGUUGUUAUUAAAAAGUACCUGCUAGUCUGUGACUGGAUGACACAGGCCCUACACAAGUCUGUUCUCCCGACCAGAAGGCAUUGGAGGAGAAAGUAGAAUCCUUGAGGAGCAAGUCCUAAUUGCACACGUGAGGAUGGCAGCAUGACUUCCGUCUGUGUUUAAUCAAAAAUGUUUUGACGUAUGCAUGAUUAUUUUUCUCCCGUAGGUUGAUGAAAACAUGAAAGUUGCACAGAAACGAGAUGCUGUCUUGCAAGAAAGAUUUUAUUUCAGGAAAGAUAUUUGCAAAGGUGGCAACGCUGUGGUGGACGGCUGUGGUAAGGGCCAGAGCAGCCCGGAGCUGGCCGCAGAGUGCACCCUGAUGAGCAUAGACACCAUCAUCAACGGGAAGGAAGGUGUGUUUCCUGGGCUAAUCCCGAUUCUGAACUCUUACCUUGAAAGCAUGGAAGUGGAUGUGGACACCAGAUGCAGCAUCCUGAACUACCUAAAGCUGAUUAAGAAGAGAGCAUCUGGAGAACUAAUGACAGUUGCCAGAUGGAUGAGGGAGUUUAUUGCAAACCAUCCUGACUACAAGCAAGACAGUGUAAUAACUGAUGAAAUAAACUAUAGCCUUAUAUUAAAGUGUAACCAGAUUGCUAAUGAAUUAUGUGAAUGCCCCGAGUUACUAGGACCAGCAUUUAGGAAAGUAAAAUACGGCGGGAGUAAAAGUGACUCUUCUAGCUAGACGUGCGGCGGAAGGCGAGCGCGUGGCUCUCCCAGCGAGGAGCCGCCUGCAGCCCCCUCUGCCCUCGUGUGUAGCAUGAAGACCAAAUGACAGCUCUGGGCCAGGUAGACAGCACGGGGCUUAGAGGUUUUCCUUCAGUAGGUAAAUCUAGAGUUUAUACAGUGUACAUACACAUAGUAAAGUAUUUUUAUGAUUUACAAUGUAUUUUAAUAACAUUAGAUCUGAGGUCAUGAACUGGCUUGUACAUUUUUGUGAUUCUUACUCUGGAACAAGUACUGUCUGAACAGUUCUGCAAAUGUCCUGUACCGGUAAUUGUACUAUACUGCAUUCCAGAGUUUAAAAUGUUUACUGUAAAUUUGGGGGGUUUUUAAAGACUUUACUUAGGGCCUGAUUCACUGUACAAACAGUUGUUGCGUCCUCCCCUUUGUCAUAUACGUGGAGUCACUCUCGAAUCCACUAAAGUGCUUCAAAGGUAAUUUUGGAUUUUGGCAGCUUAUCUGUGGUGUUUCUUUCCUAAUUUGAAUGGCUAACCACUUGGUCACCUUGCCCCAAACUUUCAUCCCUAAAUAAAAACCCACUGAACUAAAGGCUGUUACGUGUAUUUGUUAAAAUUUGCUGUUCAGGCAUUAAAAACAACUUACAGGAAGCCAAGGAGACUAUUACCCCAAGUUUACACGUAGUGAUUAUUGGGGUGAAUUUUGUUGAAUGAAAACAAGAAUCAUUUCUCUUCCUUAUUAUGCCAGGAAUAAUGUCCAAAAUGGCACCAAAUUUGCUCUUCUGUGUGGCCGUUCAGUCUGAUGGCUGCUAUAUACUUACAUUUUCAAAUCAAAUGCAGUAGCUGCAGUUCUGUGUGGUUACUUUUUCUCUAGCUUGCAGUCAGCAUAUCAACAGACAUUCUCAAAAAGCCAUCCACCCUUGAUUUUACCCCAGGGAAUAUUCUACAUGCUGCUUACCUUCUCUCUGAAACUCAAGUAAAUCAUGAUAUGUACAAAGUUUUGUGAAUCAGGACCCUAAAUGUUUAAUUGUAAAUAAUUUAUCGUAAUUGUUGUUAGAGCUUUUUGUUGAAGGCUUCUUUUCCCCAAUUGAAAGUCUUAACUGCUUCUGAAAUAACUGUAUAGUCGAUGAUGCAAACCUUUACAGGCAUAAAUAUUUCAGCUAUAAUGCUAAUUUUAAGAAAUUGUGAUAAAGCUGCUUCAAAGCCUGUUUAUGUAUAAAUAGUAGGGUUUGUGCUCUAUUUUAUACAUGCAUUUUAGAGGAUUAAAGAAUGCCUGUUUUUCAUUUGCAGUUUGCUUGUAUAAAUCAGGUUGUACAAAGGCGGCAGAUAAACUGUUUGUGGUAUGAGGAAAUAAAAGAAUGGAAUUAGCA